AUAUUAUAGGCCUUAAUUUUAAUGAUAAUUCAAUAAUUAAUUAUUUUUUUGGUUUUGUAUUAGGCUUUUAAUGCAGGCUGUUCAGUCUUCAUUUGGAGUUUUUGAGGGGAAAACAGGCAAGAUGUUUUUUUACUUACGAUCAAUCAUCUGUGGAGAUGAGAAGAUAUUACACUGCAGGAAAGCUGAUUUCUUGGUCUCUGAUGCACGGAGGACCAGGAGUUAAAGCACUGGAUACCACAUUAUUCAAAUUAAUGUGUGGUCAAAAAGUUACAACAGAGGACUUUGACUGGCAUGACCUCCCAGAUAGUGAAACUCAAGAUAAAGCACGACAGGUAUAUCUCUGUCAGACACAAGAUGAAUUGAAUGUAAUACAAUCCAGCCUUGGCGAAUGGAUUGCUGACUGUGGUGUUCCUGGAAUAUACAGUGCAAAACCUAAAGAUAUGAGACGGAUAUAUGGGCAGGUGAUAAAACACUACAUGUACCUCAGAACAGCAGACAUGAUUAAUCAGUUUAAGGAUGGCAUGAACUCUUGUGGCAACUUAUGGAAAGUUGUUGAAAGAAACUGGAAGGCUUUCCUACCAGUGUUUACCAAUCAGCAGAAGCCACUCUCCAGAGAGGAUUUCAGAGCUCUCUUUACAAUAUCCUGGAGUGAGGAGGGAAGCAACCUUAAAGAUAAAGAGGAAGAUACAAUCUUCUGCUGGGAGCUAUUACUGAAUAAAAUUCAGGAAAAACAAUCAACAAUAACCUUUGAGGAGAUCUUGACAUUUGUUACUGGAGCAGACAGUAUUCCCCCAUUGGGCUUUCAAGGACAACCAACAAUUGACUUCUACACACAAGAAAAUCGCAGACUUCCAUUUGCAUCCACAUGUGGCAUGGUUCUGUUUUUACCUAGAGGCAUUCAAGAAGAGGAGGAACUAGCUGACAUGCUCAACACAGCACUCAAAGGGUACCUUGGAUUUGGAAAAAUUUAAAUUAACAAAUUAGAUAAAUGCUUCCAUUCUAAAAUGUUCUAACAGAAUAUUACAACAGGAGUUAAAGUUGUUUGCAAACUUUGUUAACAAGUUCAAAAAUAAGUUCAAUGUUGAACAUCAGAAUGUUUUGAAAAUAGCCAAUUUAAAGGGUAAGACCCUUCUGAUGGACAUUAAGUAGAAAGCAAAGCAAAGCACUUUGGACACUAAAAACUGCUGGGCAUUAAUUAUUUCA